CCCGCAGUCCUUUUUUGAACUCUCUUAGUCCAAGACUCAUCAGCUACAUUUGAGCAAAGAUGGCAGACUUUAUCCAGGCACUUGACCCAGCGAAAUUACUACUCGCAGAGACUGCGCUGGCCUUUAUAAUCAGUCCUUUUACUGUCCCAGCAUAUAACCUGCCCAUCUUCCUUUUCGGUUCAUAUGUACAGGAGAGCAGCGAUGCGGCGCAGUCGUUGACCUUGUUCGCGGGCUUGUUAUCGUUGUCGAUAUUCUAUGACGUACUGUGGAUGAUCCAGAAUGAACAAGGUGGCUUCCUUAGGUUCCUUACUGUUAUCCUUUUGCUUUUGAAGAUACCAACAACUGGUGCCUUUUUAAUCGCCAUGCGUCAACGCGGAGGACAAUUCCCGGGCCUCGGAACUGAUAUCAAUGGUCCUACGGUUUGGUCCAUGCCUGGGGGUUUCACCUCCGGUGGCCGCGAUGGCUACCAGACCGUGGAUGACGACACCCCGCGUACUCCCUCAAAAGGUAGCUCUGUUCCAGCACCCCAGCCUGCCAACCAGUCUGGUGCAUAUCAGUCUGUUUGAAAAUUACUUGGAAACUUGGUACUGAGGUUGUGGAUCAUAUGUUGUAUGAUGUUUGAAAAUAGACAUCUGAGUUUUCUGCAAACGAACGUUGUUGAC